AUGGUGGAAGUGAAGUGGGCCUGCGACGUUACCAGCGCCAUCAUCAAGCAGGUGCGUCCCUUCCUGCUGCAUACCAUGCGUAGCCCAGUAUUUUGCCUGUCGUCUCCACCUUCAAGAUCCACCCCUGGUUUUAUCCUGUUCGCCAAGACUCCCCAAUGUCCCAACCUGGCUUUUAACAAUGCAGAGGAGCUUAAGCCUCCAACCUUCGGAGGGCCUCUCCCCAAGAACCAAGGGCACCAAAGGACGCGUGCUCCCUGCAGCCCUGCCAGCAGAGAUUUUAACCUGGUGGCCAUGAUGCCAGCACAGAUGAUGAUUAUCUCCACAGUGCCAAGCAACUAUCACCUUAAGACUCGCCUUGAUAACUAUGUGCGGCAGCUGAAUAUAGUCCGUGUGCUACGACAGAGGGAGAGGAAAGGCUUGAUCACAGCCAGACUAUUGGGAGUGCAGGCCGCACAAGGAGAGGUCCUCACCUUCCUGGAUUCCCACUGUGAAUGCUUCCCCGGAUGGCUGGAGCCUCUUCUAGCUCGGAUAGAAGAGCAGCCUUCCGCUGUGGUGAGCCCAAAAAUCGCCAUCAUUGACCAAGAUAACCUAAAGUUCAGUAAGCCAGUCUCUAAACAGCAUUAUUGCAAUCGAGGGAAUUUUGACUGGAGGCUAAAGUUUGGAUGGGAGGGCGUCCCAAAAGAGGAGAAGAAGAGAAGGAAGAAUGAGACUUUUCCUAUCAGAACUCCGACCUUUGCUGGUGGCCUGUUCUCUGUAUCUAAGUCAUACUUUGAGCAUAUUGGGACUUAUGAUGACCAGAUGGAGUUCUGGGGAGGUGAGAAUUUGGAAAUGUCCUUCAGGGUCUGGCAAUGCGGAGGUCAGCUGGAGAUUAUUCCUUGUUCUGUUGUGGGGCAUAUUUUCCGCAAAAAAAGCCCCCACACCUACCCCGGAGGCAGCACUGUGAUCACUCGCAACCUGGUCCGCCUGGCUGAGGUCUGGAUGGAUGACUACAAAUGGGUCUUCUAUCGUACAAACAGAAAGGCUGCUUCCAUUUUUAAAGAGAAUUUAUUUGGAGAUGUUACUGAACGCCGUAAACUCAGGGAGAGAUUAAAGUGCAAGAACUUUUCUUGGUACCUGAACAACAUUUAUCCAGAGGCCUACGUGCCUGAUAUCGUUCCAGUCAGGCACGGACAGUUGGAAAACGUUGGUUGGAAGUGCCGCCUGGAUGUGGACAAGACAAAAAAGCAGUGGGAGCCUGUUGAAAUGUUCACAUGUAGUAGUGAAGGUAGAGCACAGUAUUUUGAAUACACAUCCCAGCAAGAGGUACGGCUCAGCAGCGGCAUUGAGUUGUGUUUACAUUCAACCCCUGGAAGAGCUCUUGUGUCUCUUAAACUCUGUCAAUGGACAGGAAAAGUAACCACAGCAGCACCUGAGCAAGUCUGGAUCUUUACACAGGAAAACCAUCUGAGGAACCCGUCGUCAGGCAAAUGUUUGACAGUAUCAGGAGGCAAGGUGAUUGUGACUACCUGCAUAUCCACCAGACUCAGCCAAAACUGGGUCUUCAUCUGACUCUUGGUCGUGGAUUUGUAUAUGUGGAGCUUUUCAUAAAAGAUACAUUUUAAAUAUUUAAGAAAUAUUUUAAAUAAUACAAUUAACACAUGCCAUUAUGUACACUGAAAGAGUUAUUGGUCUCUCCCAGUGCCUCUCCAGUGGAAAAGAUAGGAAAGAAAUCCAUAGUCGGUUGUUUCUUUCUGCACAAACAUGCCUUUCAAAGUUGAGCCAAAGCUAAUGUGAGGCAGUCUGAGUUAACCGAAUCAUGUGAUAUCUAAGUUACAGUAUUUUAAGCACGGAUUCCCCUCUUUACUGUCCCUCUGCUGAUGACACAAACAAAUGGGGGAAAGUCAGAAAGACCAUUGGUUUUAAUGUUUCCAUGGGGCUUGUUUACUUUACAGAGAUGGAAGAAGCUUUUACCUAAAAGUCCAGUAUGUAACAUUUAGGAGAAUCUACUGUUAAGUAGUUAUUUGGUCCUGUUUUGUCCACAGGGGCCGCCAGAAUAAACAUAAAAAUGAAGUUCUUUGUUGCUGCUUUAAGUAAAAGAUAGCAAUACCACAAUAAAUACUCUCGUACAAGUAAGGUAUCAAUUCUGACUCAUCAUGCCUUAACCUAUUAUAGUAAAUCAGAAUUUAUUUAUUUAUUAUAUUUUAUAUUAUUUAUGUCAAUCUAUAAAGUAACUUGUAGCCAAAGUAAAUUUAUCAAAUAAAUGGAGUGGAAGUAUGAAGUAGAAGAGAAUGAAAAUACUUAAUUCUUGUGUAACAUUUAGGAGGAUCUAUUGGCAGAAAUGGCAUAUAAUAUUCAUGAAUUCAUUAGUGUAUAAUAACCUGAAAAUAACUAUACUUUUUGCUAUCUUAGAAUGAGCUGUUCAUUUCUACAAAUGCCACGUGUUGCCUUCCAUAAGGUCCGCCAUGUUUUUACAUCCUAGAAAGGGCCAAACCAAAAUGGCUCUAGUUCAUGUCUUUCGCUGCCACUGUGGGUUUCUCCUUCACGCAUCUGAAGGGGAAGGUGGUGUAGCGAGGGAGUUGCAAUCCGCACCACUAGAUGCCACUAAAUCCUGCACACUGGUCCCUUUAAA